AGCACAGACUGUAUGGAAGGGAGGCAGCUCCACAGCGGCCCUGCGUUACGUUCGGAUGUAGAGGAAAAAUGGCCACCGGCAUAGACCCAGAAAAACGGGCAGUGGACGCGAGGGGACUGCAGAUUUGGUGGUGACAUAUGGAUAUUCUCACAGUGCCUCGCAUCGACUCGUGUUACCCUCCGGAGCGUCAUACUGUCCCCCGAACCACAACCGUCUGCUGUGACCGCACACUGGUGGGCCGUCAGGAUGAACAUGGUGAAGCGGAUGAUGGGCAGGCCCCGGCAGGACGACUGCAGCCCACAGGACAACGCACUGGGCCUCAUGCACCUGCGCCGCCUCUUCUCCGAGCUAUGCCACCCCCCACGUCACAUGACCCAGAAGGAGCAGGAGGAGAAGCUCUACAUGAUGCUGCCCGUCUUCAACCGGGUUUUUGGGAACGCUCCACCCAGCAGCAUGACGGAUAAGUUCUCAGACCUACUGCAGUUCACCACACAGGUGUCCAGACUCAUGGUGACUGAGAUCCGCCGCAGAGCUUCCAAUAAGUCCACAGAGGCCGCCAGCCGGGCCAUCGUGCAGUUCCUGGAGGUGAAUCAGAGUGAAGAGGCCAGUCGGGGCUGGAUGCUCCUGACCACCAUCAACCUGCUCGCCUCCUCUGGACAGAAAACUGUGGACUGCAUGACGACCAUGUCUGUGCCAUCCACCCUGGUCAAAUGCCUGUACCUGUUCUUCGACCUGCCCAACAUGGUGGAGGCUCCAGUGGGCUCUACCCCUCAGCCCCCUCCUCCACCCCCACCCCAAGACAAGACCCCCGGACAGGGCCACAGCCAGACCCACUCUGAGCUGCCUCUGGCUGACCGCAGAGUCCUACUCCAGAAAGUGUUUGUCCAGAUCCUGGUGAAGCUGUGCACAUUUGUGUCCCCGGCCGAGGAACUGGCUCAAAAGGACGAUCUGCAGCUGCUGUUCAGUGCCAUCACCUCCUGGUGCCCCCCUCACAACCUGCCCUGGAGGAGGAGUGCAGGGGAGGUGCUAACCACCAUCUCCCGACAUGGCCUCAGCGUCAACGUUGUCAAGUAUAUCCACGAGAAGGAGUGCCUGUCUACGUGUGUGCAGAACAUGCAGCAGUCUGAUGACCUCUCCCCAGUGGAGAUCGUGGAGAUGUUUGCAGGCCUCUCCUGUUUCCUCAAAGACUCCAGUGACGUGUCCCAGACUCUGCUGGACGACUUCCGCAUGUGCCAGGGCUACACCUUCCUGUGUGACCUGCUGCUCAGGCUGGAGCAAACUAAGGAGGACGAGUGUAAGGAUGCUCUGAAGGACCUGGUGAACCUGGUGACCUGCCUGUGCACGUACGGAGUGAGUGAGCUGAAGCCCGCGGGGCUGACCACUGGGGCACCUUUCCUGCUGCCAGGUUUUGUCCUGCCUCAGCCCUCAGGCAAAGGCCACACAGUGCGGAAUAUCCAGGCUUUCUCUGUGCUGCAGAAUGCUUUCCUCCGUGCUAAGAGUAGCCGCCUGGCCUGCAUGCUGCUGGACGCCAUCGGAAACAUCUAUGCGGCUGAGCCAUCCAACUACUUUAUCCUGGAGUCUCAGCACACACUUUCACAGCUGGCAGAGCGUGUGGUUAAGCUGCCUGAGGCCCAGGCCAAGUACUUUGAACUGCUGGAGUUUGUGGUGUUCAGCCUGAACUAUGUGCCCUGUAAAGAGCUCUUCAGUGUCAGUGUCCUUCUCAAGUCCAGCUCGUCUCACUGCUGCAGUGUGACGGCCGUGCGCACACUGCUCAAACUAGCACGCCACGACCCUGUGUUCAGCGACGUGCUGCGGGAGGUGGGGCUCCUCGAAGUGCUUGUCAACCUACUACACAAGUAUGCUGCCCUGCUGAAAGAGCCUGGAGCUCAGCCGGGAACUCAGCCUGGAUCCCAGCCCGGAGCUCAGCCCGCUAACAGCCACGAGCAGGGCGAUGGUAAGAGACCUGAUGUGCUGGAGGAGCAGAAACAGCUGGCCUGGCUCGUCAUGGAGACAUUGACCGUACUGCUGCAGGGCUCCAACACCAACGCAGCUUUGUUCAGAGAGUUUGGUGGUGCGCGCUGUGUCCAUAACAUAGUGAAGUACCGUCAGUGCAGGGAGCACGCUCUGCUCAUCAUCCAGCAGCUGGUGCUGUCACCCAGUGGAGACGACGACAUGGGCACUCUGCUAGGCCUCAUGCACUCAGCCCCCUCCAGUGAACUGCAGCUCAAGACCGACAUCCUGCGGGCCCUGCUCCUGGUGCUGCGUGAGAGCCACCGCACCCGCACAGUGUUCCGAAAGGUGGGUGGCUUCGUUUACGUCACCUCUCUACUGGUCGCCAUGGAGCGGUGCCUGUGCCAGCCACCCUGCCACGGCUGGGAGCGUGCCAACCAGAACCAGGUGUUUGAGCUGCUGCACACGGUGUUCUGUACGCUGACUGCCGCCAUGCGCUACGAGCCCGCCAACUCCCACUUCUUCAGGACUGAGAUACAGUAUGAGAAGCUGGCCGAUGCUGUCAGGCUCCUAGGCUGUUUCUCGGAUGUGAAGAAGCUGGGGGCCACUGGGGUGUUCCCGUCCAAUGCCCAGCCCUUCCAGAGGUUGCUGGAGGAGGAGCUAGGGCCCACGGGUGGUGGGGACAGUGUCUGCCCCACCCUCAAACACUGCAGCAAGCUCUUCAUUUACCUCUACAAGAUGGCCACCGACUCCUUCGACAGGUUUGGGUACUACGGGUCCUCUGCUCCUGUCAAGGCCCUCACUGAGCUGAAGCUCCACCUGUCGGCCUCACCUGCCCCCCCUUCCUCCUGGUCCCUGUCUGACAUGGUGGUCAUUCAUCCAGGUGCAGUGCUGGCCAUGCUGGACCUGCUGCCCUCUGUGAGCUCUGAUAGCCAGCCUGAGCAUGCUCUGGACCUGCAGCUGGCUGUGGCGAACGCCCUCCAACAGCUGGUGAACUCUGAGAGGAACCAGCAGAUCCUCUGUGAGGCCUGUGUUCACCAGAAGCUGCUCCAGCGCUGCAGCCAAGCUCUGGGCGACGAGGAGCACCCACUGCACCCACCCCUCCAGAGGAUGUUUGAGAGGCUUGCCUCUCAGGCGCUGCUGCCCACCCCUCUCAGGGAGUUCCUGCGGCUUGGAGACCCUUUAAACUGUGGUGCAUGGGACAAGAAGCAGCUGAAGCAGUACCGUGUGCACAAGCCCAGCUCGCUCAGCUAUGACCCUGACAUGAGGAACAGUAUGACCUUGUCCAUGGAGGGCUUUGGUCCUGAUAGUGUUUUCACCACUCCGGCUGAGGACAACGGCCAGUACCGCAUCAGCCGCAGCCUUGUGCGCUCUGCGGAGGGCAGCACUGUGCCUCUUACCAGGGUUAAGUGUCUGGUCUCCAUGACGACGCCCCACGACAUCAGGCUACAUGGCUCUGCGGUCACUCCCCCGUUUGUAGAGUUUGACACAUCACUGGAAGGCUUUGGCUGUCUGUUCCUGCCCAGUCUGGCCCCACACAACGCCCCCCCACACACCACCAGCGGCUCAACUGUGAGCGACGGAGCUGUGCUCAGUGGCAUCGGCACAGGGGAGCGCCUCUUUCCCCCUCCCUCUGGCUUGACGUACUCCAGCUGGUUCUGUGUGGAGCGUUUCAGCUCGGCCCCCCAGGCUCACCCCCUGAGGCUGCUGACACUGGUGCGCAGAGCCAGCUCCUCAGAGCAGCACUAUGUGUGUCUGUCUGUGGUACUGUCAGCUAAAGACCACUGCAUCUCUGUGUCCACCAAAGAGGAGCUGCUGCACACGUACUCUGCUGAGGAGUCCAGUGAUGAGUCCUCCUUCUAUGAGUUGCUGCCCUGCUGUGCACGCUUCCGCUGCUCCGAGCUCAUCGUGGAGGGACAGUGGCACCACCUCUUGUUGGUCAUGAGUAAGGGCAUGCUGAAGAACAGCAUGGCCACGCUGUACCUGGAUGGGCAGCUCAUCAACACGGUCAAGCUCCACUAUAUCCACAGUGGCCCAGGGGGCUCAGGCUCCACUAAUCCCCCUGUGGUGAGCACUGUGUACGGUUACAUCGGGACACCCCCUGCCCAGAGACAGGUAUCGAGCCUGGUGUGGCGCCUGGGUCCCAGCCACUUCUUAGAGGAGGUCCUGCCUGCCGCCACCGUCACCACCAUCUACGAGCUGGGACCCAACUAUGUGGGGAGCUUCCAGGCAGUCUACCCCCCAUGUAAAGAGUGGAAGAGUGACAUGCCCCCUGUGUCUCCUGUGGUGCUGGUACCAGAGGAGAAGAUCUCCUUCAGCCUGUACGCUCACUCGGUCUCCACACUUACUGUGGCCAAGAUCCGAAAGCUAUACAAUAAGCUGGACAGCAAGGCCAUCGCCAAACAGCUGGCUGUGUCGUCUCAUGAAAAUGCAACUCCGGUUAAACUGCUGCACAACGCUGCUGGACACCUCAAUGGCCCUGCACGCACCCUUGGAGCUGCUGUCAUCGGAUAUUUAGGAGUGCGUGCGUUUGUGCCCAGACCCGUGGCCACAAGCCUCCAGUAUGUGGGUGGGGCAGCGGCCAUCUUGGGUCUGGUUGCCAUGGCGUCUGAUGUGGAGGGGCUGUACGCAGCGGUCAAAGCUCUGGUGUGUGUGGUCAAGAGUGACCCACUGGCCAGUAAAGAGAUGGAGCGCAUCAAAGGUUACCAGCUGCUGGCCAUGCUGCUGAAGAAGAAGCGCCCCCUGUUGAACAGUCACAUAUUGCACCUGACCUUCUCCCUAGUCGGCACCGUGGACAGUGGCCAUGAGACCUCCAUCAUCCCAAACUGCACCGCCUUCCAGGACCUGCUCUGCGACUUCGAGGUGUGGCUGCACGCGCCCUAUGAGCUCCAUUUGUCUCUGUUUGAACACUUCAUUGAACUGCUCACAGAGUCCAGUGAAGCAGCCAAAAACGCCAAGCUGCUGCGUGAGAUGGGUCUGAUCCCACGGCUUCUGCUCACCCUGAGGGACCCAUCCCUGUCCCAGCCGACUGUGGGGGCCAUCAGCAGUGUGCUCAGCCUCCUCCUCCAAGGCUUCCCCAACCCACUGGAGCUGCUGCGCUUUGGGCAGUUCAUCGCUUCUACGUUGCCCACCUUCGCAGUGUGUGAAAAGUUUGUCAUAAUGGAGAUUAACAACGAGGAGAAGCUGGACGCAGGAGAGGAUGAUUUCGGUGGGCUGCUUUCUGCCAGUGUCAUCCUCCUGAGGAACCGUCUGCUGGACUGUCUACUCCGGCUGCUCUUCACCCCCAAAGAGACCUCCAAGGACAAGAGCUGUGUCAAUGCCCAGGCGUGUGAAGAGGUGGUCCGGACGCUGGGCUUUGAUUGGUUGCUAAUGCUGAUGGAGGAGCACCUGCACUCCACCACUGUGACUGCUGCCCUGUGGAUCCUGGUGGUGCUGCUGUCCAACCAGUCCAUCCUGCACCGCUUUAAGGAGGGGCUGUGCGGGGGUGGCUGGCUUGAGCACACCGACUCCGUGCUCAGCAACAAGAUCGGCACAGUACUAGGCUUUAACGUGGGCCGGAGUGCUGGCGGCCGCUCCACGCUCCGGGAGAUAAACCGUGACGCAUGCCACUUCCCCGGCUUCCCAGUGCUCCAGUCUCUGCUUCCCAAACACACCAACGUUCCCGAGCUCUACUUCUUGCUCAUGGCUCUGUUCCUACAACAGCCGGUGCCCGAGCUGCCGGACAGCCUGCAGGUACAUUUUGACCUGGACUCCAUCUGGUCGUUCAUCUUCGGGGUCCCAGCCUCCAGUGGGACUGUCAUGGGUUCUGUCAGUUCUUUGUGCACUGAGGCGGCUCUGCUGCUGCUGGCCAUGCUACGCAGCAUGCUCAACCUGCCCUGGCAGUCGGAGGAGGAGGGCUCCUGGCUACGGGAGUACCCUGUCACUCUGAUGCAGUUCUUCAGAUACUUGUACCACAACCUGCCAGACCUGGGCCCUAUGUGGCACAGUGCUGACUUUCUGUGCGCUCUGGCUGCUACUGUCUUUCCCUUCAACAUCAGGCCCUACUCUGAAAUGGUGAGUGACUUGGAUGACGAGGCUGGCUCUCCCACAGAGGAGUUCAAAGCAUUCGCUGGGGACUCUGGUAUGAACCGAAGCCAGAGUGAGUAUUGCAACGUGGGCACCAAGACGUCCCUGACCAACCAUCCGGCCAAGAAAUACGUUCUGGACUUCAUGAGGGUCCUGAUCAUGGACAACAUGUGCACCAUGCCGGCCAGCAAGCAGACGCCUAUCCUAGACCUGCUGCUCGAGGCCUCUCCAGAGCGCUCCACCAGAACUCAGCAGAAGGAAUUCCAGUCCAACAUCCUGGACGGGGUCAUGGAGCACCUACUGGCUGCCGACGUGCUGCUUGGUGAAGACGCCUCUCUGCCUUUGAGCACUGGGGGAAACUACCAGACCCUGGUGAAUAACGUGUUCUACUUCAGCCAGCGUGUGGUGGACAAGCUGUGGCAGGGCAUGUUCAACAAAGACUCCAAGCUGGUGGUGGACUUCAUCGUGCAGCUCAUCGCACAGUCCAAGCGACGCUCCCAGGGCCUGUCUCUGGACUCGGUGUACCACUGUCUGAACCGCACAGUGCUCUACCAGCUGAGCCGCCCGCACAAGACCGUAGCCCAACAGGUGGCACUCCUUGACGCGCUCAGGGUCCUCACAGUCAACCGUAACUUAGUCCUGGGCCCCGGCAACCACGACCAGGAGUUUGUGGCUUGUUUGGCUCACUGCUUCAUCUGCCUGCACUCUGGGAGCAGUGUGGAGGGUUUCGGGCUGGAGGCAGAGGCGCGGAUGACCACCUGGCACGUCAACAUGUCGACUGAGAGUGAGACUGACUGUUCACCCAGCCAAGACGUCAGCGAGGGCCGACAGCUGCUCCUCAAGGCAGUGAACCGUGUGUGGACGGAGCUCAUGCACAGUAAGAGACAGAUGCUAGAGGACAUCUUUAAAGUGGCCUUGCCCUGUAAUGACCGAGGACACGUGGACAUAGUCACCGCCCGCCCCGCCCUGGAAGAGCCUGCACUCAAGAGCUGGCAGAACCACCUUGCCCAUGAGAAGAAGUGCAUCAGCCGUGGGGAGGUGGUGGUGCCUGUGACCCAGUCCAAGCUGUCCCGGGUCAGCAGCGGCUUCGGCCUGUCCAAACUGACCGGAGUGAGGCGCAACAAGAAGGAGAACAGCCUCAACAAGAACAGCAUGUCUGCUCAGGAGACCUUCCAGUGGAUGUUCACGCACAUCGCUGUGGUGAGGGACCUCGUUGCCAUGCAGUACAAAGAACACCAGGAGCGACAACAGAACACUCUGAAGUAUGUGACUGAGGACUGGGCGUCUAAAGAGUAUGAGCUGCUGCGGGAGCGGGGCCUCUGGGGGCCCCCCAUCGGCUCUCAGCUGGACAAGUUUGUGCUGGAGAUGACUGAGGGCCCCUGCCGCAUGAGGAAGAAGAUGGUGCGCAACGACAUGUUCUACAUCCACUACCCCUAUGUGGGCGAGGCAGAGAACAGCACCAGCACCUCCACACAGAAACCUCUGAGGUAUCGCCGCGCCAUCAGUUAUGACAGUAAGGAGUACUACAUGCGUGUGCUGAGCGGGAACCCGGGCAUGUACCAACACUCUGUGGAGCCCAGUGCGGAGGGCGAGACCAGCCUACAAGAGCCUGAACCUGGAGAGGAUACUAUUGCCCGGGUCAAAGGUCUAGUGAAGGCUCCCCUGAAGCGCUCCCGCUCCACAGCAGAUGGCGCUGAUGAAGACAGCCUGGAGCAGAGCCAGGACCAGCUACCGGAGUCUGGAGGUCUGGAAGACGAGCAGAAGCCAGACAACACAGCCCUGCUAAGGCUGCUUGAGGAAGGGGAGAAGAUCCAGCACAUGUACCGCUGUGCCCGCGUGCAGGGGCUGGACACCAGUGAGGGCCUGCUGCUCUUCGGGAAGGAGCACUUCUAUGUGAUCGACGGCUACACCAUGACCGUGUCCAGAGAGAUCAGGGACAUCGACACUCUGCCCCCCAACUUGCAUGAGCCCAUCAUCCCGCGAGGAGCCAGACAGGGCCAGAGCCAACUUAAGAGGACCUGCAGCAUCUUCGCCUACGAGGACAUCAAGGAGGUGCACAAGAGACGGUACCUGCUGCAGCCCAUGGCAGUGGAGGUCUUCUCAGCCGACGGCAGAAACUAUCUACUGGCCUUCCAGAAAGGAGUGCGCAACAAAGUCUAUCAGAGGUUCCUGGCGGUGGUGCCUUCCCUGGUGGACAGCUCCGAGUCGGUGUCUGGACAGAGGCCUAACACCAGCGUGGAGCAGGGGUCUGGGCUACUCAGCACUCUGGUGGGAGAGAAGUCUGUCACUCAGCGAUGGGAGCGAGGAGAGAUCAGUAAUUUCCAGUACCUGAUGCACCUAAACACACUGGCGGGCCGCUCCUACAAUGACCUGAUGCAGUACCCAGUGUUCCCCUGGAUCCUGGCUGACUACGACUCCCAGGAGCUAGACCUGAACAACCCCAAAACGUUCCGUAACCUGUCAAAACCCAUGGGUGCUCAGACGGAUGAUCGGCUCACGCAGUACAAGAAGAGAUACAAGGACUGGGAGGACCCCAACGGUGAGACUCCGGCCUACCACUACGGCACUCACUACUCCUCAGCCAUGAUCGUGGCCUCGUAUCUGGUGCGCAUGGAGCCCUUCACACAGAUCUUCCUCCGGCUGCAGGGUGGCCAUUUUGACCUGGCUGACAGGAUGUUUCACAGCAUCCGUGAGGCCUGGAUGUCUGCCUCCAAGCACAAUAUGGCCGACGUCAAAGAGCUCAUCCCAGAGUUCUUCUACUUGCCUGAGUUCCUGCUCAACUCCAACAACUUUGAUCUGGGAGCCAAGCAGAAUGGCACCAAGCUGGGGGACGUGCUGCUGCCACCCUGGGCCAAAGGUGACCCACGGGAGUUCAUCCGCGUGCACCGAGAGGCUCUGGAAUGUGACUAUGUCUCCAGUCACCUUCAUGAGUGGAUCGACCUGAUCUUCGGCUACAAGCAGCAGGGUCCUCCAGCUGUGGAAGCGGUGAAUGUCUUCCACCACCUCUUCUAUGAGGGCCAGGUGGACAUCUACAACAUCAACGACCCAUUGAAGGAGACCGCUACUAUCGGUUUCAUCAACAACUUUGGACAGAUCCCCAAACAGCUUUUCAAAAAGCCUCACCCUCCCAAGCGGGUUCGCAGUAAAACCAAUGGAGAUGUGGCCAGUGUACCACCCAGCUCCAACAGUGACAAGAUCUUCUUCCAUCAUCUGGACAACCUCAGGCCUUCUCUGGCUCCUGUCAAAGAGCUGAGGGAGCCAGUGGGGCAGAUUGUGUGCACUGACAAAGGAAUCCUGGCUGUGGAACAAAACAAAGCUCUGGUUCCUCCGUCCUGGAGCAGGACUUUUGCCUGGGGCUACGCCGACCUGUGCUGCCGCCUCACCAACUAUGAGUCGGAUAAGGCGCUGGUGGUGUACGAGAGCCUGUCUGAGUGGGGCCAGGUCCUGUGUGCCAUCUGUCCAAACCCCAAACUGGUGCUGACCGGAGGCACCAGCACAGCCAUCUGUGUGUGGGAGCUGGGCACCGCCAAGGACCGUGCCAAGUCUCUGAGCCUCAAACAGGCCUUACUGGGACACACAGAUGCAGUCACCUGCCUCACUGCCUCCUCGGCCUAUCACAUCGUGGUGAGCGGCUCCCGGGAUCGAACCUGCAUCAUCUGGGACCUGAACAAGCUGUCGUUUAUCACCCAGCUGAGGGGGCAUCGUGCGCCCAUCUCUGCCCUAUGCAUCAAUGAGCUCACUGGCGACAUUGUGUCAUGUGCGGGCACAUACAUCCACAUGUGGAGCAUUAAUGGCAGCCCCAUUGCCAGUGCCAACACCUUCACCGGGCGCAGCCAGCAGAUCCUGUGCUGCUGUGUUUCGGAGAUGUACGAGUGGGACACCCAGAACGUGAUCCUGACCGGCCACUCCGACGGAGUAGUCAGGUUCUGGAGGAUGGAGUUCCUGCAGGUCCCGGAGACCCCAGCCCCAGAGCAGGGCGAGCCGGACGUCCCAGACUGCCUCAGUGAGGAGAAGAUGGAGGGCAGUGAGAGUCACAAUGGGGAGGAGGAUAGCAGUGAGUCUGAGGGAGAAGAGCCAUGUCCAGAGUCCAAACCUCCCCGCAACCCCUCCACCGGAGGAGGCAGCCAGCCGGGCAGCCAGCCGGGCAGCGCCGUGCACCGGCCCAGAGGUCCCUCUGGGCGGGCUGGAGCCUCCUGGUCCAUGGACAGUGGUUCAGACGACUCUCACCGCUGGUCAGACACUCUCAGUAUCGACGAGAAGGACGGCUUUGUGUUUGUGAACUACUCCGAGAACCAGAUGAAGAGCCACCACUGCCCUGUGAGCCAGGCCGGCCUGGGCCCAGGGAGCACAGUGGAGGCCCGCGCGUACAACCAGCUCCGGGCAGGCUACAGAUGGGAGCGUCAGCUGGUGUUCAGGAGCAAACUCACCAUGCACACAGCCUUCGAUCGCAAGGACAACGGGCACCCGGCCGAGAUCACCUCCCUGGCCAUCUCCAAAGACCACAGUAAGGUGCUGGUGGGAGAUGGGCGUGGCCGGGUCUUCAGCUGGUCAGUGAGUGAGCAGCCCGGGCGCUCUGCUGCUGACCACUGGGUGAAGGACGAGGGUGUGGACAGCUGCUCCGGCUGCACCGUGCGCUUCUCUCUGACUGAGCGCCGACACCACUGCCGCAACUGUGGCCAGCUCUUCUGCCAGAAAUGCAGCCGCUUCCAGUCAGAGAUCAAGCGGCUAAAGAUCUCCUCUCCAGUCCGAGUGUGCCAGAACUGUUACUACAACCUACAACACGAGCGGAGCACCGAGGAGGGCCGAAACUGAUUCCAAACUGACCCCAAACUGACCCCCUAACCGCUGUCAGGGCAGGCCUCAGCUUCUCGGGACUUCAUGGACUUGUUCAUACUGUACAUAGUUUCACUUUUCUGCAACGAGAUGAGGAGAGACAGUUACUGAGCUGGAUGCCCACAGAGAGAAGAGACUUUACCACAAAACUUCUGCGUUGCCAGCAUCCGAGCAUCUUACUUUCACUUUUUUGUUGCCUUUUAUACCCAUCGACUUUGUUUUUAUAUAUUUUAGUUGUUUUUUUUGUUUUUUUAUGAAUUCCCACGAUGUGAUUUUUGCAUUUGGUUGACACAUUUCCACCACAUGCAAACAUAUCGUCCCCUGUGGAUUGGUUCAAGGGCCCUCCACAGCUCUCACAAAAGGGACGUCACCAACGCUGUAGGUUUAGUGGCAUUAUCCCACGUGUUUGCACUCCACACUUUAAGCUUGUACGCAGAGAGAACUAAUCAUGAAUUUUGUGCCAGUAUAGGACUUUGUAAAGGGCGGUUACUCAGAUUAGAUUUGCAGUUAAGUGUCAGUUGAAAUCGGUGUAAAUAGUAUUGCCGUUAAUGUGUCAAGUGCUUUUUCUAGCCGUCAACCAAACGACUAACCGCACAUCCAACUACUACUACUACUAAAUAUAGAUUAGCAUUCAUGUCCCACAUAGGAGUGUAGUUACGGAGCCCUGUUCACCAGUGAGUAAUGCACUGUAAAAAAGGGAAUGGGUCCACACAUUUACCAUGUUAAUAUUGAGGUUUAAAGUGCAUAUGACUGGUUUUAAUGUUUUUCAAAUUCUGACUUGGUUGGUGCGAUAGUGCUUGUGGUAAAUAUUGAUUGAUAGUUUUACAUCCGUUAUGCGGGAGAAGUAGUGGUGAGUUCUAAAGCAGAAUCCCUCUAACUAUAUCAUGUUUCAGUUUACAAAAUAAAGGUGUCAUUUAUUUUUAACUGAGAAUGUAACAAUAAGUGAAUGAAAUAUUGUGUACCAUAUCAUAAAAAGUCUCACAAUUAUAUCAUGGGCCAUCACUAUAUAAUGAAUUACAAAUCUCAUUCCUUAAAUGCAUUGUUUAGAUGCACGAACAGAACAGAGGGAACUACAUGAUCCUUUGCUCUGUUUCAGUGCAGACUACAUGAAGAAAUAACUGUUAUUAAGCAUUAUGACUGGUCUUGACAAGUCUUGUCAAGGCAAGGAAAAAGUAGCAUAUUCGCAAUUUUGUCACCCUCCACAAUAUAUUGCAAUAAAUAUCAUACCGUGAGAUACAUAUUGUGAAAGUAUCAUACAGAGAGUUUUGGAUAUUGUUACAGCCCUAAUCUUAUCUAUUGUGCAGUUGAGACGCUUGACCCUCGUUUACAUAACAGGAUAACAGUUGGAAUGAAAUUACCUCUACGUAUGUCAUAUCUGCUGCCAAUGUCCAACCAGGAAGUAAAAUUAAAUACAUUUCACCAAAAUUAUAUUUAAAAAAAAAGAUUUGUAGGAAAAUCUUAAAUAUAAUGAUGUUAACUAAGUUUUAGUGAAAUGUGUACUUUAACCUGUCACAUGCACUUUAAGGUCCUUUUAAAAAUAGUGUUUGAAUAAUGCCACUACUUUUAAUACUAAAGUGUCAUAAAUAUUUCACAUGAAUUCAUCUGUUUUCAAAGAAGACACUAAACCUUGUGCCAGUUUUUGUUUCAUGUGGAUAAAUCCAGUGAUUGCAGAGAUAUUGAACAUUAAGCAGAUCAAAUGCUCUGCAUUUGAAAGAAAUUCUGUCUUUUUAGAAUGUUGUGGUGUCAGAUUCUUAGUUCAGUCCUCAGCCCGACUCGGCUCCUCACGGCUUUACCCAGCUCUCAGGCUUUCACAGGCAGAGAUGGUACAGCCCUUGUAACCAACUGCUUCUAGGAACUAAUCAAUAAUAUCCAUUUGCAAAUAUUGAAAAUGGCAAUUUGUCCUACAGUGAACCCUCUUAUUAUAUCAGUUAUGUUUUAUGAGAUGACAUCAUUCAGAGUAAAGCCUUAUUCACACAUGCAGCCUGACCUGGUAAUUUACCUGCAUUUUGUCAGAACGGUAAUUUGUGAACAAAGUCUGAUUUCCCUGUAUUUACCUGGCAGUUUAUUGGAAAUAUGUAAGAAAGGCUCAUUUUCUGGCUUUCUGUGAAUAAAGCCAGAAAAUUGCCUGUACCGCUGCUUGGUUUCCUGGUUAUGAGUGUCGUUUCCUGCUUCAUUUUAAUUUAAUACGAAUGGAAUGUAACAUGUGUACAAUACAGCAUAACCAGGAAACCGAGCUGGUAACUAAGGAAAGUGAGCUGGUAACCACGGAAACCAAGAGAUGAUGAUGAUGAAAUUAUCUGGCUUUAUUCACACAUAAGCCCUCCCUGAAUAUCCCUGGUAAUUUACGCCAGGAAACCUGCAAAUCAAAAAUUCAGGGAAAUCAGUUCUAGCUUUGUUCACACGACUCUGUUCUGACAAAAUGCAGGUAAAUUCCCGGGUCAGGCUACAUGUGUGAAUGGGGUUCAAGACAUAACCAAGCAGCAAUAUAUCACAUACAAACACUUACUCACUUACGAAGUCCCGUGGAUCAUAAACAUGCACCGCUCUACAGUAUACCAUCAAGCCGUGAACAUUUCUUACUGUCCCAUCAAUAUUCAAAAUCAAAAUUAAUCUUUUUUUUGAUACAUCAUAUCUUACUGGGUGAUAUCCUCUCUUUUAAAUUACUCAAAAACUGCCUCAAACACUUCCCUUGCCUCUCCAUUGUUGUCCGUUAUUUGGGACUACUGUCUUUCUGCCCAGCUUAGUUUUUUGCAGUAAAAUAGCCCCACAUGGCCGAGUCGGGAUAGGGCUAAAGAACACAUAACUUGUACACCUCUCCUAUCUUGUCAAUAGCACAUUGUAAAUAGAAACAGAGGGCCGUGUAUGUAAAUGUACUGUUUGUCUGCACCAGGAUCCUGGCGUGCUCCUGUUUAACUUGUUCAGCGCUCUGACCUUUCACUCUUUCCCCUGUACAAAUGAGCAGAGUGGGCUGUACAGUGAUAUUUAUGCAACUGGAUCCGUUUGGAAUUUUUUUUUUUUUUUAUUCAAACCUUUUCAGCAGGUUGGUUGACUUGUUGCAUGUUUUGAACACGGCUGUUUGGAGCAGGCUACGCGCUGCAGUCUGGACAUUUCUUGUAUAGUUGAGUUCACUACAUGCUCCCACGGUCACCCCCCACUCCCACUCGACAAUGCAAAAGAACUGGUACCUACUCAUUUUAAUUUCAUUUCAAUAAAUAAUAGCUGUUACCGACAUUU